ACUGAGCCCAGUACAAACAAUGCACAGAAAUGCUCCCAGAUUACCAACAAAGAACCAGUGAGGGUAAACAAUUCUACUAAAGAGUUCUUGAGAAGCUCCAUUAGCACCAGGCUGAUCCCAGCUGUCUACAUUGCUGUUGUGCUUAUUGGUGUCCCGUCCAAUGCCAUCAUUCUGUGGAUGCUCUUUCAUCGCGUCAGAUCAGUGUGCACGGCAAUAUUCUACACAAACCUGGCCAUUUCGGAUUUACUCUUCUGCAUCAUGCUACCUUUCAAGAUAGCAUAUCACCUCAAUGGCAAUAACUGGAUAUUUGGAGAGGCGAUGUGCCGUCUCACCACGAUGUUCUUCUAUGGCAAUAUGUACUGCUCGAUACUCCUCCUGACAAGCAUAAGCAUUAGCCGCUACAUUGCCAUCGUUCACCCUUUCAUAUAUCGGAGUUUACCAAAACGCACCUGCACCAUUUUUCUGUGCCUGCUUGUGUGGACCAUUGUUCUUGUGUACAUGAUCCCGUUUUUCACUACCAAACAAACCUAUCACUUGGAUUUGGAUAUUGUCACUUGCCACGAUGUAUACGACACCUCAGCAGAUGCAUUCCAGUUCUAUUACUUUAUCUCUCUGGUGGUCUUUGGAUUUCUGAUACCACUCUGUAUUGUGACAUUCUGCUACUUCUCAAUCAUGAGAACCCUGGCUGUUCAUGACCACAAGCGAAUACUGUACGUGAAAAUAACAAUUCUACUCCUGGUUAUUUUUGCACUUUGUUUCACACCAAGUAACAUCAUUCUUCUCAUUCAUCAAAUCAGGUAUCAUUAUAACAAGAAAGAUGACAUGUAUGGUUGCUACUUAAUGGCGCUAUGCCUGAGCAGUUUAAACAGCUGCCUUGACCCGUUUCUCUACUUUCUAAUGUCCAAGAUAACAAACCCCUCCAAUAACUAUGUCACAAUGAUCAAACAGUCUCAUGAAACUCACACCAAGCUGUUGCCUUCCUAGCUGUGAAAGUAAAUCUGACCACGAGUUCUACUCUUUGGUCGUAUAGCGCCACCUGCUGGAUAACUGUGUAUUGUUUGUAAAAUUGGCUGAAAUUAUUAGAAUGAAAGGUUCAUUGUUUUAAUGGAACAAAAUCAUUUUUUUUUAUUUUUAUAAAAGUGGUACAAACCACAAUUCUAACAGUUGCAGUUGCAAUAAAAAUACAUAUGGGGAUGAGCCAAAGCACAACCACUUCAAUGAAAAAAGUUUUAGAAAAUAUUUUAUCAACAAAGUUUUUUUUACAUAAUAAAAUAUGUUAUACUAUACUACUUAAACUAUGUUUAUCCAUAAUGGAAACAUAUUCUUUAUUACUAUAUUUUUUGCUAAAAUUAUUAGUUAUUUAUUACACAUUUCAUUACGGUGAAAGCACACCUCUCAACUAAGAUUCCCUUUCAAAAUGUAUUAGCGGAACUAUAGCAAAAAAAAAAAAAAUUAAGGUAACCAAUAAAUACAAAUUAUACUGCAUACUUACAGAGGACUUAUAAUAUGCAAAUAGUUUGAUCCAAAAAAGGGAAAGAAAUAAAAGUAAAGAGUAAUCAUAGUACUUUCAUAGUCAAAAUGUUUAGGUAAAACUGAAGAUAAAAAAUGUCAAAUAAUACAAAGAUGUAUGUCUGACAUCCGGUAUUAGACAUGUAAAUAGGAUGAGCAGGCUGUCUAAUUUUGUAAAUUUUUGAGUGUCAGAGGGACUUGCCCCCAGAACAUGUUGAUUUAUAUCAUACACUGUCUAUUCUAGCCACAUGUAUAUUGUUUAGAAACAUGAAUAUUGUUUUGUCACUAAGAAUAAAAAUAAAACUGAUAUUAAGUAGUUA